UCAUCGCUGACUUCACAACCUCUGUUGUGCGCGCUUGCGUUUGGUUUCCUGUUUGCACAACUAAGAAAUUCACAACAAACUGAACUAGAACUCAUAAAAAACUUGAAUGUAAUAAAUUAAAUAUGAUCUAAGAUCAAACUCGCAUUUUAAUGGACACGAACUCGAAACCCUGCGCGAGGCGAGAAAAGGAGUGUGUGUUGGCGAUGUCUGACAGCCUGUCUCUGCCCUCUUAUGCCGAAUAUCCCACAAGACGUCCCUUCAUCAACACACACACACACACACUCCUGCCCUACAGCAGCAGAGCCGUGAGAGCCUUUCCUGAGAGCAGCGGUGCAGCGAUUAUUUCAGCGCUGAAGAACCUGCAGGAGAAGAUCCGUCGCCUGGAGCUGGAGCGACGACAACACACACACUCUUCAGAGCGACGACAACAUACACACUCCCCGGAGCGACGAGAACACACACACUCCCCGGAGCGACGAGAACACACACACUCCCCGGAGAGACCCGACACCGACCUGCGCACUCAGCUGUCUGCGGCCGAGACCCGAUGCUCGCGGUUGGAGAGACAGUUGGAGCUCAUGAGGAAGAGCGUACGACACACAGAGUCAGACAGAACCGCUGUGCUGCAACAACAGGUGUCUCUGGAGCGUGUGUGUGCUGUGGAUCAGUUGUGUAAGCUGGAUGUUCUGGAACAGGAGUAUCACCGACUGACUGAGACUCAGAGCGUCACUGAGAGGAAGAUCCGAACGCUGGAGAGGAAACUGCAGGAAGAGGAACAUCAGAGGAAACUGGUGCAGGAGAGAGCAGCUCAGCUACAGACGGGUCUUGAAGUCAAUCGUCUGCUCAUUCAGUCUGUUUCUCCUCGUCCUCAUAAACCGAGCCGGAUCAAACAGAAGAAAAGCUCCUCAACGAGAGAGCCGUCCGUCCCGCAGCCGCAUUACAGACUCAGUCUGGGAGACGUGCCGUUCGUGACCGGGACGUCGACGAGCUCGAGUCACUCGGUGCGAGCGAACGUGCAGCGGGUCCUUCAUCUCAUGAAGCAUCAUCAUCCUCAGCUGUGUAACGAGCGUGUGCUGGGACACGCCCCCUCCUCCAGUGGCCCCGCCCCCUCCCCCACUGGCUCCGCCUCCUGCAGGGAAGAGCUGUCGGAGCUGCUGCUGGCGCUUCAGGACGAGUUCAGACUCAUGAGCUGCGAGCAGCAGGAGUUGUGCACACAGAUCCAGUCCUGCGCUUCGGAUCGACUCCGGCAGAACAUGGAGCGAGAGAUGGAGACGCUCGUGAAGAGAAUGGAGAAUAAAGGAGAGCAGAUCGCUCAAGUCAGGCGCCAUCAAGCUCAGAUGGAGCGGCUGAGGAAGCGCAGUGGUAAACAGACCCCCGGUGGAGGAUCGGUGUCGGUGCGGGUGAGACCCGGCGAGCGGAUCAGAGAGAGUCUGAGUCUACUGAAGGACAUGCGCUCGCUGCAGAGCUCGCUGCGCUGGGACCACUGACGCCAGCGGGUUUAGCGGAACACUCGGGUCCAUGGCUCUAAACAUGCCCGGGUCAAAGGUCACCACUAAAACAUAUGCCCGGGUCAAAGGUCGCCACUAAAACAUGCCCGCGUCAAAGGUCGCCACUAAAACAUGCCCGGGACAAAGGUCGCCACUAAAACAUGCCCGGGUCAAAGGUCGCCACUAAAACAUGCUCGGGUCAAAGGUCGGUAAAGGU